GACCGCGACUAAAACCCGACGGAGAAUGCGCAACCUCUCAAGCGAAUUACAAGGCCAGGUUGGCUUGAAAAUGGUCUCUAAGGCAACCUUACAUCAACAAAAAAGACCUCACCCUGUGAAAGAGAAAGUGAGGGAAGACUACCAAGGAGAAAAUGAGUGCUGAACGAAGUCGUCAUUGAACUGCAAAACUAAAGCGAUAUUUACAAUGCCAACGGCUCGAAAAUCAAGGUCUCACAGUGCUGCACGAGCAAAAAAGGGCAAAAGAAAGAAGUCCCCCAAAAAGAGGUCAUCUAGUGCCAAAACUGCCAAAAAAGAGGUGGAUAUUCUCAGUCCAGCUGCCAUGGAGAAUGCGUACUACAUUUCCCACAAUGCAGUGGAUUGCCUGGAAUUCAGAGGCUUCGGUUGGCCCGAAGCGACAAAGAAGAAAGGAAAGAAGGGCAAAAAGAAGAAGAAGAAAAAAUGAGUGUAAUCAGUCGUGCCAAUAUUUUUAAUAAAACAAACACAUUGUUCUGAU